GACCUGGUAGCGCUGGGCGGGGAGGCGGGUGCAAGCGGACACUUCGCGGGCUGCUCACCGCGUGGAAUUGGGUUGCGCCUGGACGAGCGGUGGAUCCGCUGGUGACGGUGCGGGGAGUCGUCCUGGUCGCUUAUUCCUGCCGUGGAAGAGUUGCUGGUAAAGUUUGCUUCAGCAAACCUUUUGAUGCCAGACCUAUACGGAUUGUACUCAAAUUCUUGUUUAGAAAAUGGGUCCUACAGGACACCUUGUUACCAUCAAAAGGAGCGGGGUCGACGGCCCCCACUUUCCACUGAGCCUCAGCACCUGCUUGUUUGGAAGGGGUAUCGAAUGUGACAUUCGUAUCCAGCUUCCUGUGGUGUCAAAGCAGCAUUGCAAAAUUGAGGUCAAUGAGCAGAAGGCAAUAUUGUUUAAUUUUAGUUCCACAAAUCCAACACAGGUGAAUGGCUCUGCAAUUGACAAACCUGUACAACUAAAACACGGAGAUGUGAUAACUAUCGUUGAUCGCUCUUUCAGGUAUGAAAAUGAAAGUCAUCAGAAUGGAAGCACAUCAACUGAAUUUCCAGGACAAAGACGUGAACAGGCGUCUCCGCGUCGGGUCUCCAUGUCUGGCUUCUCCUCUAACCCUGAUGGGAAAGUUCAAGAUCCCAAGACCUGUGCAAAACUCACUGAAGAAAGUGUUUUGGGAAGGCGGCUGGUGCACGUGGGGGAGGUCAGAGCAGCCCGGCCCGUCUCACGUGCCUCGGAAGAGCCUGUUGCCAGGGAAACACCCAGAGUUCAUCCCUCAGAUCUCUCCCAAGAUGACGGCCGAAAGGCAGCGGAUCCCGCUGCUGGAGAUGCUCAAGAAGUUUCCAGAGUGACACCACUGAGCAGAAAUGGAGAAUUGAAGCCGUUUCCGUCUACACAGUGUCUUGAGAAUAGUGAGGAAAGCGAAUCUCCCUUUAGGAAGCUUUAUGAGUCAAUGAAGGAAGAGUUAGACAUGAGACCAGAGAAAGAAAAUGUGCUGCGGAGUCGUCGGAAAUCCGCGUCCCGGAGUCACUGCGCCGCGGAAAACGAGAGCGCAGACGGUUUACAGGGCGAGACCCCACGGCUGGUCUCCCCGAAGUCCAGGCGGACAUCCGGCCGAGGCAGCCAGGGUACAGCAGACCCCUCCGCUUCGGGGGCACAAGGAAGUGGCCAGAUGGGGAAGACAACGGGGGAGGGGCCUGCUCAGACGCCCAAGGUCACCCUGAGUCCUAGUGGCCCCCCCAUGGAGGCCAGGAAGACCGGGACCCCGAGACGGCGUUCCCAACAAAGUUCCACACCAACACGUCGGAGUGGAGACCUGCGUGCUAUAGACGGGGAUGAACCUGAGAAUCUGGAUGGCAGCGGAGGCUUCAAGGCCGACAGAAGAGCACGUCUGCCUCGGGAGUCCUUAACUAGAAACCAAACACCCACGAAACCUGAAGAUGCUGAUAAUUUUGGAAAUACACCAGGAAAAGUCUCGUCCAAAAAGAGGCGGAGGAGCAGCGUGCCUGCAGAUGCUGACGUUCUUAAUACAGAGGCAGAAAUCCAGAAGCAAACGGCGUUCGCUCCGCUGCUCCUGCAAAAGGAAAGGAAGAUGCCAGAUGGAGCCCUCAGCACGUCUGGGCCGCUGGGCGCUCCGGCGGGACAGCGGUGCCCCGGCUCGCCAGGCCUUCGCUCAGUGGACGUCAGCAACGUGGGCGAUUCCACGAAUAUGAUUGAGGGCAUGCCCUUGAAAAGAAGGCGGGUUUCCUUUGGUGGCCAUCUGAGACCCGAGUUAUUUGAUGAAAACCUGCCUCCUAAUACACCUGUCAAGAGAGGAGAAACACCCAUGAGAAGAAGGUCUCUUGUAACCCACACCGCCACAACUGUCCUGAAGAAAAUCAUCAAGGAGCAAUCUCAACCACCUGGACAAGAAGACCCUUCAGAAAUCCAUUUGGGGGUGACGGCACAAAAUGUGUUUCUGAGCUCGCCAGCUCGUAAUCCUGUGAAAACUCCGGCUGCAACUGACAAACGCCGGAGGUCAUCCGAGCCAUCUUCUGCCUCCAGUGGCGGCGCGUUUCCGCAGCAGACAGAUACUCCUAAGAGGGAAGGGAGGAGGAGCAGCAGCGGGCCUUCCAAGAGGAUGUCCGUGGACCGCAGCCAGCAGGAAAUCUUACAGAUGAUUCAAUCCAAGCGGCGGAGUGGCGCCUCUGAGGCCAACUUGAUAGUGGCAAAAUCAUGGGCAGACGUCGUAAAACUUAGUGCCAAACAAACACAAACUAAAGUCAUUAAACACGGCCCACGGAGACAGCUGAACAAAAGACAAAAAAGAGUUAAUACUCCAAAGAAGCCUACGGGCAGUGUUCACAAUCAAUUUAGCACAGGCCAUGCAAACUCUCCCUGUACCAUCGUAGUAGGCAAAGCUCACAUCGAAAAAGUAAACGUGCCAGCCCGGCCCUACAGAAUGCUGAACAACUUCAUGUUCAACAAAAAAAUCGACUUUAAUGAAGACCUCUCAGGGCUAACUGAGAUGUUCAAGACACCAGCAAAAGAGAAGCCACAAGCGAUGAGCAUAUGUCCCAUCUCUUUUUCAAAUUCAGAGGAUUUCCAUAGGAAAAAGUUUCAAGUACUGAAGUCAGAAGAAAAACCUCUGCUAUGCACCCCAGAAAAUUUUGGAGACGAUGUUUUCCCCAGUACUCAGAAUGCACCAAAACAGACGUCUUAUAAAAGCUCUGCGAGCCCGGCCUUAAAACUACACUGUUUUGCAGUAAAAGAAAAUAGGAAAACUCUGCCAUCUGAGGCAGAGCCUCCAAAGGUGGCAUCCAAUACAAACAAGUUCAGAAGGUCCAUGGAGCUCAGAAAUACACAGGUGCCAGGUGCAGACUGUGAGAACAAAGAUGCAGAGGCCAACACUACUGAGAACAUCUUGGGAAGACAUCGGAGGAAAACACAACAAGAAGAGAAACUAAAGGAAGAGAUGAAGGAAAAUGAAAGAACCUUUGAAACAUGUAACAAAAACAUCGAAUCAAAAGAAAAUUCUGAAAAGAUGAUAGCUGCGAAGAGGUCAAGAAGAUCUUCAGAGCUGAAAUGUGCACAAAGAGCAGACCUGAUCACCCCCAAGAGACUGCAACAGACAGAACCCAAGGAAGACCUGGUGGACACCCAUAGUCUCUUCGGAACCCCAGGUCAUGCCAAGGAACCAGUGGAUGUGGAAAACAGAACCACCGUGAAGCACUGUAAAUCUCCAGAACCAGACCGAGUGAGCACGCCAGCCAAGAUGAAUGCAUGCAUCAAAACACCUUCCCAGAAAGUGAAUGUAGACGAGCUGUCAGCACUCAGGAAGUCUACACAGACACCAGAGGAAACCACACACUCACAUAGAGAAGCAGUAGGUGAUGAUAAAAUCACCGAAUUCUUUAAGGAAACUCCAGAACAGAUAUUGGACGCAGUAGAAAAUGUAACUGGAAGCAGGAGGAGAUCAAGAACACCAAAGAGGAAGGUCCAACCCCUACAAGACCUGGCCGGAUUCAAAGAGCUCUUCCAAACACCAAAUCGCACAGUGGAACCAGUGACUGAUAACAAAACCACCAAAAUACCCCACAAAUCUCUAAAACCAGAGCCAGUGAACUCACCAGGUGGUGAUAAUGACAUCAGAGCAUUUAAGGAAACUCCAGAGCAGAAAGUGGACCCUAUAGAAAAUGUAACUGGAAGCAGGAGGGGAUCAAGAACACCGAAGAGAAAGGUCCAACCCCUACAAGACCUGGCCGGAUUCAGAGAGCUCUUCCAAACACCAAAUUGCACAGUGGAACCAGUGAAUAAUGACAAAACCUUCAAAAUAACCCACAAAUCUCCAAAACCAGAGCCAGUGAACACAUCUGGUGAUGAUAAAAACAUCAGAGCAUUUACGGAAACUCCAGAACAGAAACUGGACCCUGCAGAAAAUGGAACUGGAAGCAGGAGGGGAUCAAGAACACCCAAGAGAAAGGUUCAACUCACUGAAGAUCUGGCCGGCCUCAAAGAGCUCUUGGCUGGGGAGGUAGAGCUGUCAGCACUCGGGAAGUCCACACGGACACCAGGGGGAACCAUGGGCUCACCCAGGGAAGCUGUAGGUGAUGAUAGAAUCAUCGAAUUAUUUAAGGAAACUCCACAACAGAAACUGGACCCUACAGAAAAUGUAACUGGAAGCAGGAGGGGAUCAAGAACACCCAAGAGAAAGGUCCAAUCCCUACAAGACCUGGCCGGUCUCAAAGAGCUCUUCCAAACACCAAACCACACAGUGGAACCAGUGACUGAUGACAAAACCACCAAAAUACCCCACAAAUCUCCAAAACCAGAACCAGGCAACAAGCCAGGUGAUGAUAAAAACAUCAGAGCAUUUAAAGAAACUCCAGAGCAGAAAGUGGACCCUACAGAAAAUGUAACUGGAAGCAGGAGAAGAUCAAGAACACCAAAGAGGAAGGUCCAACCCCUACAAGACCUGGUGGGAUUCAAAGAGCUCUUCCAAACACCAAAUCGCACAGUGGAACCAGUGACUGAUGACAAAACCACCAAAAUACCCCACAAAUCUCCAGAACCAGAACCAGUGAACUCACCAGGUGGUGAUAAUGACAUCAGAGCAUUUAAGGAAACUCCCGAGCAGAAAGUGGACCCUACAGAAAAUGUAACCGGAAGCAGGAGGAGACCAAGAACACCCAAGAGAAAGGUUCAACUCACUGAAGACCUGGCCGGCCUCAAAGAGCUCUUCCAAACACCAAAUCGCACAGUGGAACCAGUGACCGAUGACAAAGCCACCAAAAUACCCCGCAAAUCUCCAAAACCAGAGCCAGUCAACACGCCAACCAGUACAAAACACCGUCUCCAGACACCUCAGGGGAAAGUGGACGGAGAGGAAGAUCUCUCGGCAUUGAGGAAUCCUACACAGACCCCAGGGGAAACCACAGACUCACAUGGAGAACCAGUAGGUGAUGUUAAAGACAUCAAAGCAUUUAUGGAAACUCCAGAAGAGAAUCUGGACUCUGCAGAAAAUGUAACUGAAAGCAGGAAGAGGCCAAGAACACCCAAGAAAAAGGUCCAACCCGUAGAAGACCUGGCCGGCCUCAAAGAGCUUUUCCAAACACCAAACCACACAGUGGAACCAGUGACAGAUGACAAAACCAAAAUACCCUGCAAAUCUCCACAAGCAGAAGCAGGCAUGCCAACAGGUAGAAGGAGCUGUCCCGAGGCACUUCCAGAGAAAGCAGACGUAGCAAUGGGGCCGCUAGCACUCAGGAAGCCCACACGAGCAUCACGGAAAACCACGCAUUCACACAGACAACCAGUGGAUGAUGAUAAAGACAUCACCGUGUUUAAGGAAAAUGCAGUACAGAAACAGGAUCCAGCAAAAAAUGUAGCUAGAAGCAAGAGAAAGCCAAGAACAGCUAAGGAAAAGACCCAACCCAUUGAAGACCUGACCGGCCUCACAGAGAUCUUGCAAGCCUCGGAUCACACAGACGAACCAGUGACUGUUGUCAAAACCACUAGGAUGUGCCGCCAGUCUCCACAACCAGGACCAGGCAUCCUGCCAUCAAGCAAGAAGAGACGGCUCAAGGCACCGGCAGGGAAAGCGGACUGGGAGGAACAGCCGUCGGUGCUCAGAAAGUCCGCACGGACAGGGAGAAGCACGCGCGCUCACAGAGAACUAGAGGAGGAUGAUAAAGAUGUCACAAUGUUUAAGGAAACUGUAGAGCAGAAACUGGACCCUGCAAAAAAUGUAGCUAGAAGCAAAAGAAAGCCAACAACAGCUAAGGAAAAGACCCAACCCAUCGAAGACCUGACUGGCCUCACAGAGCUCUUGCAAGCCCCAGAUCACACAGACGAACCAGUGACUGUUGUCAAAACCACUAGGAUGCGCCGCCAGUCUCCACAACCAGGACCAGGCAUCCUGCCAUCAAGCAAGAAGAGACGGCUCAAGGCACCUGCAGGGAAAGCGGACGGAGAGGAACAGCCAUCGGUGCUCAGAAAGUCCGCGCGGACGGGGAGAAGCACUCGUGCUCAUGGAGAACCAGAGGAGGAUAAAGACGUCACAGUGUCUCAGGACAGUGCAGUACAGAAACCGGACCCUGCAAAAAAUGUAGCUAGAAGCAUGAGAAAGCCAAGAACAGCUAAGGAAAAGAUCCAACCCAUCGAAGACGUGACCGGCCUCACAGAGCUCUUGCAAGCCCCAGAUCACACAGACGAACCAGUGACUGUUGUCAAAACCACUAGGAUGCGCCGCCAGCAGUCUCCACAACCAGGACCAGGCAUCCUGCCAUCAAGCAAGAAGAGACAGCUCAAGGCACCGGCAGGGAAAGCGGACGGAGAGGAACAGCCGUUGGUGCUCAGAAAGUCCGCGCGGACGGGGAGAAGCACGCGCGCUCAUGGAGAACCAGUAGAUGGUCAUAAAAACGUCAUUGUGUGUGAGGGCGCUGCAAAGCCGAAACUGGGCCCUGCAGACAACACAACGGGCAGCAAGCGUCUGCUAAGAGCAGGUAAGGGAAAGGCCCCAGCCCUGGAAGGCCCAGCCGGCUGCAAAGAGCUCCUCCAAACCGCAGAUCCAGACAAGGAUCAGGGCAAUGAUGCUGAGAGCAUUAAGCGGACUCCAAUGCAAAGACCAGACAGAAGAGAACCUGUGAGGACAUCCAGAAGAGUCCUCAGGGCCCCUCACGUGAAGCCCAUGGAUGACCUGACAGGCAGCAGAGACCCUGUGAAAUCACAAAGUAAAAGCAGUGUUUCCCGGUCCCCCAAGAGGAAGCGUGGGAAAGAUGGGACUGUCCCAGGAGGGAAGAGGCUGCGUUCUACGAUGUGUCCACAGGACACUGCCCUGGAGACGCCACUGCAGAAGAGGCAGGGGACAGCUCCCAGAGAGAGCUGUGAACCGCCAGAACCCUUGAUCACAAAGAAGAAAAGUCAGAGGGUUUUGGCAGGAAGGAUUGAAUCCGUGGAAGAUCUGCCCAGCAACAGCGUGAGAACUAAAAAUAAGGGACAACAAGCAGAAGCCGUGACCUCUCCCGAGAAGGGAAGGUCCCUGCGCUACAGACACCCAAAUAAAACCAGUGCCGCAGAGCGAAGUCCUGAGUUUCUUGAAUCAGCAGAAAAGAUUAAAGUAAAGAGGAAUGAAAAAAAGGCCCCGAACACCUCCCGAGAGGUGAAGCUUCAAACUCUGGAAGAUGGAGCCAAGAAUUCUGCAUCUGGGGGCCAAGUCCACGAAAGGAGAACAUGCUUGAGAUCCGGAAGACAGAGUACGAAGCCCUUGCCAGAUGCAACCGAGGAGAAAGCACGGGAGAAAAGUGUGGAAACCCACGUGGUGAAGAAGACUCAGGAAGAGAAAGAAGGACCCAAACGUUCGGGCUCCACGUGUUUGAGAUCCAGAAAGAAGACAGUCCCUCCUACAGGGGACACUUUGGAGAAGGAGUCCAAACAGAAAGUCACUCGGAGCACCAAGAGAUCUGCCGAAAAUGUUAAAAAGGAGGAUGAUGACGUGUGCAUCAAGAAGCUAAGAUCCAGAAGGCACUGAGGCAGUGAAGAUACUUAAGAAGUUUCAGAGG